GUGUUAGAGUAAUCUCCCUUGAUGGCUGAGACGAAUGUUUACAUAAAAAUAUAUCAACACAGUUGCUGUUAAUCGAUGAGACCGUGCCUGUGGCCUGUGACAUGUUGUUGGCGUCUCGUACGAAUGAAGCUUCUAGGUCCUCCAAGACAGCUGUGUAAGGCGUGCCUUCGACACCUGAACGAGGCUUUGGAGUCAGAAUGGGCGUAUGUAUGCCUGGGGAUAACGUUUGUGUGUGUGGCUCUCAUGGUGCUGUUUGGCUGGAUCAUCUACAGGGACCCUUGCUUCCAGUGGGAGAUUAGAACACAGCUGUGUGACGACUACCAUAAUGGACUGAUAGCCGGUGCAUUCUGCUAUGAUCUCUGUGUGGAGCGUGUCUCAUUUCUGUCGUCUUGCGUUGAUCAGCAGGGGAAUCUCUCAGUGUUUCGAUGGAACAAGUUUGUGAUAAAGGCCGAGCGACCGAAUCACAAAAAGGAAGGAGAAAAGGAUGAGUUGAUUUGGGAAGGAAUGAAAAUGCAGGACCUGGCUGUGAUAUUAGACGAUUUCUUAAGGGCAGUCCUUGGGGUAGCAGACCAUUCCAAACUUAUAGAACGGGUUAUACAGCACGCCGACUUCAACCACGAUUCUGUGGUGAGCUUUGGCGAAAUCCGCUCAUUAUGGCACCUACUGCACAUCCCAGAAUUUCGCAUGUUGUUCAUAUUUAACGAGAGUUCCGUGUUUCCGACACUAAACGGGUCGUGUGGUACGAUGUACGCAGUAGAGGAAACAUACCAGCCUUAUCUGUACAGGGAAAACAAGUCCUUUGUGGAGAAAGUGUUCUCAACCAGGCAUCGCUGGGGGCUUCCAGACUUUCCACAGCGCGCCCACAUCUCCCUCGGCCUACUGGAAUACGCCUACACGGUCCGCGAACACGAGAAUGUGAAAUACUACAUGUGCACAUUCAGCCCGGAUCACUUCGGGCACACUGAGUAUUUCGAGAUGAAGGUGUCCACAGUGGACGGCCUCGUGUCUGAAGCUGUUCUCAAUGCCAGUUUAAUGCAACGGAACUGUGAUAGCGACACUCAGUGCGUCUACGGAGACGUGUGUAAAACGUCUUGCGACCGCGUGACGCGUAAGUGUAGCGGCAUUCCAGAAAACUACAUUCCAGAUGUUGUCAGGGUGUGUACUGUGCUCCAGGAAUAUGUGUUGUUCAAUGUGCCAGUAAAGUUGAAAUCAGUGCUGAGUAAGCUUGUGGCUGAUUGCGUAAGACUUGGAAAGAAAUCUCGAUUCAUGGAUCCCGAUAUGAUGGCAGUUGAAGAGAAUGUGUUACUGGAUCGGUUGAAGCAAGUUUUAUGGGAUGAACUGAAGUAUGCAGACACAAAGUGGCUGGAGAAAUCCACUCCAAAACCGCAGCCUGUUAAUCUUAUAUAAAUCUUUUUAACGUAUGAUCAGCAUUUUUGGAAUUCAGGGCUUAAUGCAUGUGGGUAAAGAGUCGUCCUGGAUUAGACUGUGCAACUUGCACAGGCUUAUCAGGGACGACACUUUUUGUUGUCAUUGUGUUUUUUAAGGCAGUCUCUGUUGUUAUUGUGUUUUUUAAGGCAGUCUCUGUUGUUAUUGUGUUUUUUAAGGCAGUCUCUGUUGUUAUUGUGUUUUUUAAGGCAGUCUGUAAGUGCGAUAUUCAGUUUAGGCGGACACUUGUUGAAAUUUGCAUUUUGUUGAUUGAAAUUUGCAAUAUGUAGUUUUCCUUGGAUUUACUUUGGUUGAAAAGUGCAUUUAUUUACUAAUUUUUCGCAAUAUUUAAUAGGUUGAUUAGUAUUUCCUUUAGAUAUUUUUCCUGUCAUAUGGAAUUAAUAUCAAGACAACUACAUACUGGUCAGCUUCACUGCUCUUAGUUAUGCAAUAUCUUGCGUGAUAUUCCAGUAUUGUUUGUAGUUAUUUUCUAGACACGAUUUAUUAAGUUGAAACUUCCCAACAUUACAGGGUUACAAACUGUGUCAUAUAUUAUUAUAUAUGUAGGAUCAAAUAUUGUCCAAAGUUAUCACUUGGUCUGUUUAAAAAAACGCCACAAAAAAAGGUCAUUUUUUGGUCCAAUAUUCUUGAAACUUGGUCAGUAUGUUUGUGUGAAUGAUAUGUACUCAAAUUUUAAACUGAGUCAUGUGAAGCAAAAAACUAUGUAACUUGGUCAAUUGAAGAAAGAGCUUUCUAACAAUCUCUUUAUUCAUCAAUAUUUGCCUUAAUCUUCAUGAACACUGGUAGGAACAUUUUAUUUGAUAGUAUAUUAACCACAAUAUUUAGGGUAAAUGACCUGGUCAGCUGUAACAAUAAACCUAUCAUAUAAAUAUUUAUAAUUCUUGUUGUUAUAAACACAGGUAAAGGGCUUAAGACCCCAGGAGCGUCACUGUUUCAUUUUAUAUGCAAUACUUCAAUGUGUUUCUUGGGCUUGCCUUAAUACAGUAUUACAUAAAUGGUUACUUUGUAAGAAGUGUUUACUCACAUAAACAAACAGCAGAUCUACACUGCUUUCAUGUGUCAAUAUGUGCAAAUAUACCCUUGCCUGUAACUCUUGGUGUGUAAGCCUUUGCAUGCUAGGAAAUUUGUCGUCUGCUAAAAUGUUGUCUACUGAAUUUUUUUAAUUAGCAUUUUCUUUGAUUUUUUUCUAAGAAUACUAAUAGCAAACAGUUUUGAUCCUGAUGAGACGCCACGUUCUGUGGCGUCUCAUCUGGAUCCAAACUGUUUGCAAAGGCCUUCAUAAUUCGGUUACAGCACUGAAAGAGUUAAUAAAUACUCAAAUGGUAUCAUACGUUCAACUUCUUGGUCCGUUGUGAUCAAAGAUCCUACAGUGAAUUUAAGUUUGACUUAAGUUUUUGUUCGUAACAAUAUCACAUAUGUUACAAAUCUUAUAAACGUCAGAAAACUACAGUGGACAUGAACAACAAAAAUUGAAUGAACAAAUAGUAAUCGUAGCAAAUGAACAAUUGGCGUUUAUAUUUUCUAGGAAGUUUACUUUAAAUUCCUUUUGGUUAGAAAUAAAAUAUUAUUUCCUUGAAGUAAAUGUAUGUUACUUUUGAAAACCUUCUAAUUUUUAGCUCAGCUGUUUUCAGAGAAAACCCAAAGCCAACUCGUCGUGUUGUCCUGGUCGUGCUAAACCUUGACAUUAUGCUCUAAUAUCAAAGUGCUUCUACCUACAACUUUGAAACUUCAUAUGUAGAGGCACCUUGAUGAGUUGUACACGUCACACCAAAAUUAAGGUCAAGGUCUCUGUGACCUCAAGAAAAAUAAUUCUGACAAGCUUUCAUUUAUUCAAAACUGCACCCGCAACCGAGCGUUGGCACCCGUUAUUCGGUGCUCUUGUUCUUAUAUCUUUUUAACCAUUAUGUUAAUAUUAAAUUUUUAUUGUUUAUAUGCUUUAUGAAUAUUCUGUCCAACUGAAUCCUUCCAUAUACAUGUAGAAGGCAUGUACGAUUUUGAAGACUUUUAAGUUAGUAUAUGUUUUACAGACAUACUCAAAACACUUGUUUAUAUAUCUUUAUACCUGGCUUAAUAAUGUUAUUUUUAUGUAAAAAAGAUAUUGACAAUAGUGUUAUUUUAAAUGGUAAAUGCUUACACCUCUGUCAUUGUAACUUUUGUGUUGUAUUUUGUAACUUCUCAAAAUGUGGUAUAUAUUAAAGAGAGAAUUAUAGGAGAUCAUUGAAUAUUUACUAGUUUACUUAUCUUGGAUUAAAGAACUUAAACCAUAGACCUUGAAAUAGAGUUUAUAAAAUAGUAUAUAUAAAUAUAGUAUUAUUUUGUAAUAAUAUUUUAUUUAUGCAUGAAAUACAAAACAAUUCAUACAUUAAUGAAAUUUAAACUUUUUAUUUGUAUAUUGAUAUUCACAUAUUUGCUCUCAGUUAUGCUUAGAAAUUGCUAUUUUAGGCCAAAAAUGAUUGUUGCGGUAAUUUUUGCAUUGAGACAGAAAACGGCUACAUUUGUAUGUGUGUUUUUCAAUAGCAAUUAAGGUUGUUUAUUUUAUGUGUGUGAAGAGAAAAUAUGUAUGUCUACAUUAACAUUUGAUUCUAGUUUGUAGUUUGUUAUAAUGUUAUAUUCCAAAUGUAUAAAAAUAACAGAUUGUAAAUAUUGGUACAUUUAUUUAUUUCCUGUCAGUUUCUUGUCAUGCAUAUACAUGUAUAGUUUGUAAUCAAUAUAAUUUUAAUAUAAUAUGUUGAAUAUUUAUAGCUUUCCUUUCCUUUUGCGUUCCUUAAAUCUUUUUAUUUUUCCUAAUUUAAAAAAUAGUUAUGUAUAAUAACCGUGUAUAUACACAAAAAUACACAUGAUUGAUUAUAACCUAAGGACAACUUAAGGGAAGGGGGAAUUAAAAGCAUAAAGCUUUUUUAACUCACUUGAGCGAGAUUGGCUCAUGAUGAGCUUUUGUGAUCAUCUUUUGUUUGUCAUGCGUUGGGCGGCGUCAACAUUUGCCUUGUUGAAAAGCAUGGCUUCCAGGGGGCGGGGCAUUUUUCCUUAUAUGGCUAUAGUAAAACAUUGUUAACACUCUAGUCGCAUUCACAUUCAAUCUUCAUGACACUUGGUCAUAACAUUUGUUCUAAUGAUAUCUUGGGCUACCAGAACAGAUCAGUUCCUUUGUAUCUCAGGUAAGAGACGUUGGGCCUGUCACAUUAAGUUCUUAAGGAGCUUAAAGGAUACAGUAUUGUCUGUCAUCCAUUAGUCCUUGUGUCAUUCUGGGGAUAUUAAAAUGGAACUUCACACAAAAAAAAUUCUGGUGAACUUUAUUAUAAAAGGUUGUUCGAAUUGUUCUGGUUCAUUUUAUAUGCAUGUCACACAAGCUUAAAAUAGAUUUUGAAUAUGAAAAUUCUUCUUUGAAAUCGAAAGGGUCAGGGGUUUGAUAUUUGGUGUGUAACAUAAUAUGAAGGUCCUCUACCACAAAAAAUCCUAUAAUGCCUCUGGGGUCAAAAUUGAUCCUGCACUGGGGUAUACUUGUUUUACAUUAUGUAUAUAGUAAGAAAAACACUCAAAAUGCAAGACCGAAAGGUUUGGUAUUUGGAAUGCAUGAUUGUCAUGUACCAAGUUUGUUCAAAUCAUGCUCCCAGGAUCACACUCAUCAACAUCUUAAUGUUCACCAAGGCCAAAAAACCAACUUUGGGGAAAGGGCCACAGCCUUUUUUUCGGGGAAAAAAGGCAUAAUGUUCUGGCUUUGGGUAAUGAAAAUACUUAGGUAGAUUGGAUUUAGAGAAAAAUGCAUGAUUUUACAGAAAUUUCUGUAGGGGAAAGGGCCUUUUUGGUUAAAGGGAAGAAAAAGUGGCCCGUUGCGAAGAAGGGUUUUUCAGCCCUGGUCAAAAGAUUUGUUUACACUUUGUAUAGACUUAUAUAGUAAAUAACUACAUGUAUAAACAUUUUAUCCGAUACCACUAGGUUUAGGGUUUUGAAAAAUUGUGUUUAAAUUGGCAUUGGGGUCCUUUAACAAAUCUGUUUAAAUCUUGCCUCUAGGGUUUAAAUUGGCCACAUUUAAGGGAUUACUUUUUUUGUAUAUGUUUAAAGUAAAACUUUAGUUUGUUCUAAUACUGUCUCAGACCACAUGAAGUCUGUGCAAUACAGGGUAAAAAACCUCGAUAUAAAACUAAAGUUAUUACACAAACAUCAGAAAAUCUACAAUAACGGGUUAGUUUCUAAAUGUCUUAGGUGAGCGACCUAUUGCCUCUAGUCCUUCUUGUUUUUAAGUCAUUAUAUUGUUUGAUAAGCAGUUGUUAAUUUACAUUGAACUUCAGGAAUGCUUUUGUUGCAGCUAUUUUUUUUACCUCAGGCUACAGGGUUGUAUGGUAUAUCCAUGAUUUUUAGUUCAGUGGUAAACAAAAUGUGUUGUAAGAUUUGUAUUAAGAUAGGUUUGUUCGUUUUUUUUGCAAAUUUUACGGCAUUGUUUUUCUAGUCAAGUCACGGUUUUUGGCACACAUCUUUUGGUGGGCAAGUUUACAUUUUGCUUAGUAUAUAUAUAUAUAAUCUAGAUUAAAAGUCUCUGCACAUAAGCUUAAAGUUGAAACAGGUAGAUGGCAAAAACCAAUAGCUAUUCCUUAUAAAGAAAGAAAAUAUACUUUAUGCAUUGUCUUAGAAGAUGAAUACCACUUUGUUAUGAAUUGUACAUUAUACUCAGUAUACUGAUGUAAUAAAAGCUUAUUUAAAACCAUGGUAUUAAGUUAGACCAAAUAUGUUAAAGUUUAUAGAUUUAUUGACCUCUCAAUAUAGCAAUAUUGUUAAAAAUUUAGCUAUGUUUAUUUUUAAAGCAUGGGAAAUAAAAAAAAUACUUAUAAUACAUAUUAUGAUUAGGUUAGGACUUUUGUAUAUAUUUAUGCACGGCCUCUCGCUGUAUAUUGCCUUAUAAAAUAUCCCAUACUUUGCUUUACAAUGUACCGAUAUAUUUUUGAUGUUUAUGAUUCAAAUGACCUGUGACUCUGUUGUUUUUUUAAUAUUGUAUGUGACAUUUCAUGUAUACUCAUGGGCUUAUUGCCUACUGUAUUAUCAAAUAAACUAAACUAUAAGUAUAAGAUAAGACCCGAUAAGAUCCUCCGACGAGCCAGAUAACCACUCUCCAUCCACGUCACCAAACUAUUAUUCUAUUUAUCCUGUCACAUUUACAACAUUCGUUGAAAUGUUUCUAAAAUAUCUAGUUUUCGAGUAUUUUGUGUUAAAUAUUUAAUAUGGGAAAAAGCACGCGUGGACAAAAACAUUGUGACGUCACGUCAUGCAAAGCGCUUAGGCUAGCUUCCAUCUUGUUAAACAACACAGAAAUCGAGUUAAUCGUUAUUAAUUCAAUAUACAAAGACUAAAUUAUGCUGUUUAAAUAAAAAUGUUUAAACAAACAGUACUUUACAUGUAUUUGGUAUUUUUUAAUAGAAAUAAAAGUAUAUUUUAUUAAUAGAAAAUAGUAAAGGCAUGCGCGGAGAGCAACUGAUGGAUAUUCGAGGUCACGUGGUUUUCUAGCCUAAUAUAUUUUGGGAUAUUAGGUUACCUGGUUAUCGGGCUGAUUUAAAGGCAUGUGACAGGAUAAAUAGAAGUAUUGAUACUACCUUUAAAAUGCAAUUUAAAUUAUAUAGGACUUCUAGACUCCUGUAUUUUGAGAUUGAUAUAGCUGUAUAAUUGCCAUACCAAUUAUUUCCUCUUUCAAAAUACUUUUACAGGUUAACCUACUCAGUAUUGGGUAUUUAUAAUUUAAGUAUGAAAAUUCUGUAUUAGGUUUUUGUUGUUUUGUAUUAGAAUAUCUAUGUUGAUUUAAUUGCAUCAUUUACGAAGUACAUUUUCUUUGUUUCUCUAAAUUAAAUUUACCUAAUACAUUAUAUAUAUUUAUAUAUAUUUGAAUUUACUGUGAGCAAUAUUGCUGUGCUUGAAUAUGUUUCUUGUAUAACAUAAACAUGUAUUUGGGUUUAAAGAGAUUCUCAGUUGUAUGGUGUUGUUUUGUUUUCCCAUUUGUCAGUUUGUUUAAGUAUGAGCAAUUUGCAAUAGGUCUUUUAAGCAUUGUAUUUUCGAUCAUUGCGCUUUCUCUUUCAUUGUCAUUUUUAAUACUUUGAACAGUACAUACGAGUCGUGUUCUGAGAAAACUGGGCAUAAUGCAUGUGCCUAAAGUGUCGUCCAAGAUUAGCCUGCAUUAUGCCCUGUUUUCUCAGAACACGACUCAUAUAUUCUCCACUAGCAGACUCUAUUUUGUAGUUACCAGCAUUUUCCCCAUCAGUAUUUUACUUUUGCAACACAGUUGACCAUUCUUUUGGUGUAAAUGUGUGUGUUGCCGUUGUUGAAAGCAGCAUAACUAUUGGAUUGAGAUACCUAUUAAACAGCUAAAAAAUG